AUGGACCUAACAAAGGGUCGCUCUAAAGCUCGAUAUGGAAAAGGCGUACGACAGGGCGAGUGGAAUUUUGUGCUGAAAAUUAUGAAAAAAAUUGGUUUCAAUGAAGAAUUCAUCAAGCUUAUCCAGAGGUGCAUCAACACUAGACUUUUGGCUCUCCUUACUAAAGCUCAACAAGACGAAUGCAUCAAAGGUGUCAAAGCUAGUGUGCGAGGCCCAAUAAUCACUCAUAUUCUUUAUGCUGACGAUAGUAUAAUUUUCCUCAAGAACUCCAUCCAAGAGGCUCAAAAGAGAAAAGACUUCUUCACACUUACGAACUCUCUUCGAGCCAGAAGAUUAACUUUGAUAAAUAUAGAAUCUACUUCAACAAGAACACAAACCAGACUAAUAGAAGACAUCAGGCAAAUUUUUAGAGUUAAAGAAUCUGAAGGUUCAGGGACUUACUUGGGUCUCCAUCUUGUUGUCGGAAAAGGGAAAAUUCCAAUAUUCAACUUCAUCAAAGAUAAAACAGUAAAGUGCAUUAAAGGUUGGUCUAAAAACAUCUUCGCUUUCAGAGGAAUAGAUAUUUUUCUGAAGUCAGUGGCGCAAGCUCUCCCUAUGUAUGUGAUAUCCUACUAUCUGCUCUGGGAAGGUAUAAUUGAGGACAUAACAAGACAAAUCCACACUUUCUGGUGGUCUGGCAAGUACGAUAAAAGAGGUUGGGCUAUGGUUGCUUGGGACAAAGAUUGCGCUAAGACGAUGAGAGUUCUUCAAAUCUCUGGGCUUAACGAGGAUAUAAUCAACUGGCAAGGAAGCUCAGGCAAAAAGUGGUUAGAAUGGAUCCUGACUAAAAUGGACACUGAAGGGUUUUUCAAACUCCUCAUCCUGACUAAAGUGGUUAGAAGUGGGUUCAUGACAAGGAGCUACAAGAAGACAAAGAUGUGGUGA